CCAUUACUACUCUGCAUCUGUAGAGAGCACAACAGAAUCAGCACAGAGAACAUCUCAAUAUUUGCAAAAUGAGGGUUUUGAUAGCUAUCACUGCUCUCAUGGCUCUGGCCAGUGCAGCCAGCAUCUCUCUGGAAGACCUAGAGUUUCAUUCCUGGAAAUUAAAAUUUGGUAAGAGCUAUAAAUCUGUGGAGGAGGAGGCUCGGCGUAAGAUGACUUGGCUAGAAAAUCGCAAGCUGGUUCUGGUACACAACAUGCUGGCUGACCAGGGCAUUAUGAGCUACAGACUUGGCAUGACCUACUUUGCAGACAUGGAUAACCAGGAGUACAGACAGUCUGUGUUUAAGGGCUGCCUGGGAUCCUUCAACAAGACCAAGAAACACAAUGCAGCUACAUUUCUCCGACAGGCAGGAGGAGCUGUUUUGCCAGAUUCUGUGGACUGGAGGGACAAGGGCUAUGUGACUGAGGUUAAAGACCAGAAGCAGUGUGGUUCUUGCUGGGCCUUCAGUGCGACAGGGUCACUGGAAGGUCAGACAUUUAGGAAGACAGGGAAGCUGGUGUCACUGAGUGAGCAACAAUUGGUGGACUGCUCCUGGAAAUAUGGGAACAUGGGAUGCGGUGGUGGCUUGAUGGACCAGGCUUUUGACUAUAUUAAGGACAACAAGGGAAUUGACACAGAAGACUCCUACCCUUAUGAAGCCACUGAUGGGGACUGCAGGUUUAAUCCAGACACUGUGGGAGCCACCUGCACAGGCUACGUGGAUAUAACCAGUGAAGAUGAGAAUGCUCUACAGGAAGCUGUGGCAACCAUUGGACCCGUUUCCGUCGCUAUAGAUGCAGGCCACAUAUCCUUCCAGCUCUAUGUAUCUGGAAUCUACAAUGAGCCUGAAUGUAGCAGCAUGGACUUGGAUCAUGGUGUCUUGGCUGUUGGUUAUGGCAAGGAUAAUGGAAAAGACUACUGGCUGGUCAAGAACAGCUGGGGUCUCGAUUGGGGUGAUAACGGCUAUAUCAAGAUGUCCAAGAAUAAGAAAAACCAGUGUGGCAUUGCCACAGCAGCCAGCUAUCCUCUGGUUUAAAGGUGACUGAAAAACGUCCAUUGCAGCAUCUACAUGAUCUGAUUAUGUAACACUACGUAAUGGAAUCUGUGUAAAAAUGAAGUAAUUCUUUUUUUUUUUUUGGUGUAAUAUUGCUCUGUAAAACUGAAUAUUAUAGCUGAACCUUAUUUUCUACUCUUUCAUUAAGUGGGCAGAAAGCAUGGUUUGAAGACAUACAUGAGUAUGAAUGGAAUAAAUGGAAUACAAAAUAAUAGAAAUGUAUGAAAAAUAUUAAAACACCGGACAUUUUUAAUACAAUACUUUCUUAAUACAGGGAAAAUAUUAAAAAAUGAAAGAAGUAGAAGAUGUGUCAUGUGUGUGAUGUGUCAGCAUAUUCUGACAUUAUUGGUACUGGUGCUUUUAAAUUCAGCUUUACAUGUGUGAUCCUUUUGCUCUUUGUUCUAUCUUUUACAAUGACUAACUACCAUGAUAUAUAUAAAAUAUCAGAAAACACAAUUACUUUCUAGCUUUCUAAAUUAAAUUAAAUAAUAUUGUGGCAACUA